AUGCUGCCCGACUGCCUGUCGGCGGAGGGCGAGCGGCGCUGCCGGCAGCUGCUGGCCGCGGCCACGGCCCGGCUCCGCGCGCGGCCCGCGGCGGCCGCGGUGCUGGUGCCGCUGUGCUCGGUGCGCGGGGCCCCGGCGCUGCUCUACACGCUGCGGUCCAGCCGCCUGGCCGGGAGGCACAAGGGCGACGUCAGCUUCCCAGGUGGCAAGUGUGACCCGGGGGACCGGGAUGUGGUGCACACGGCCCUGAGGGAGACCCAGGAGGAGCUGGGCCUGGCGGUGCCCGAGGACCACGUGUGGGGUGUCCUGCAGCCCGUGUAUGACCAGGCACAGAACACCGUGGUGCCGGUGCUUGCCGGUGUGGGCCCACUGGAUCCCCAGAACCUCCAGGCCAACCCCGAGGAGGUGGAGGAGGUGUUCGCGCUGCCCCUGGCCCACCUGCUGCAGGCGCAGCACCAGGGCUACACCCACUUCUGCAAGGGCGGCCACUUCCGCUACACAAUGCCCGUCUUCCUCCACGGCCCCCACCGCGUGUGGGGGCUCACCGCCGUCAUCACCGAGUUCGCCCUGCAGGUCCUGGCGCCCGGCGCCUACCAGCCCCGCCUGGAGAUCCCCCGGGCGUGGCGGCUCCGGGGCUGA